ACUAAAAGCAAAAUCAAAUUUUGCCGAGUGGCCGAUUAAAAACAGAAACCUCCCUGUUUUUCUGCUCUCUCCAGCGUCUCUCCCAAGUCUCAAUCAACGGACGUUUUACCUCUCACUUCAGAUUCUGUUCAGAAAUUGAAAGCAACGAAGGCGAAACUUCUGCCGGUUCGGCCUCCUGCUUCUUGUGUGGUGAGGCAUUGCUUGGAGUUACCGGCGAUCGUAGGGAUCAGCCUCAAGAAUCGUGACGCGAAUCAUGUCUGCCAUAGUCUGCAGAAAGAGAUCUAAUUAUGCCUUCGAUGAGCUUCAGCACACCCCUCCCUCAGCUUCUAAGAGAAGCCGCUGCUCUACCGGCACCGCGUCUCCACCAUCGAGCUCCGCCUCAGUUUACUCCUCUUUGAGCGCAAAUGCAUCCCCUUCCUUCACCCCGCCAAACGUUUCUGAUUCUGCGGGAAACAAUGACAAUGUUCUAAAUCAUCUCAGAAAACUCUUUCCUCAUGUGGAGCAGCAGUAUCUUGAAAGAGCGUUUGAAGCUUCUGGAAAUGAUUUAGAUUCUGCCAUUAGCAAUCUAAAUGAUAUCUGCUUAGAACUAGCUGCAAAAAGAACCGAUGAUAGAGCUGGAGUAAAUGUGGAAAUUUUGUCUAUAGCUUCAGGAGAACCUGCUACCAACAAUAUUCCUAAAGAUGGAUCGGAAUGGGUGGAUCUCUUAGUAAGAGAAAUUAUGAAUUCAUCUGGCAUAGAGGAUGCAAGGGCUCGUGCCUUUAGAGCUCUAGAUGUCCUGGAAAAAUCUAUUGUUGCGCGGGCUAAUGUUGAAGCAACAAAGAACUUCCACAAUGAAAGCAUGAUUCUCAAAGAACAGGUUAAAUUGCUGUUUGGAGAAAAUGCUAUUCUUAAAAAAGCAGUUACCAUCCAGCAUCAACGUCAGAAAGACUUCGAAGAGAAGAAUCAGGAGCUGGAAAGUCUAAAACAGCUCCUUUCUCGGUACCAAGAACAGCUACGUAAGCUUGAGGUUAACAACUAUGCACUGGCGAUGCAUCUCAAGCAAGCCCAACAAGGCAGCUCCAUGCCCGACCGAUUUCAUCCUGACAUCUUUUGAGGUUCUGGAUGAGUUGAUUUCUCAUACCUGGAAAUGAAAAGAGGAGAACUUCCAUGCGUGAAAUUUUAGUUAGAGAGCUGACACUGUGAAACAAAUUGAUUGAAUUCUUUCUUGUUCUCUAAUUUGUUGAAUUUCUUAUUCCUGUUCUUUUGGCUAUUAUGAGACAGUUUUGUCGUGCAUUGCCAGCUUA